AUGAGGUUCUUGUUGUGUUUGUUGCUGGUGGCCGCUGUUGCUGGGAAGGGGAAGAAACAUCGGCAUAAUAAGCCAGGCCGAGCAGUCCUCGACAGGCUAUCCAGCACCACAGUCACAGAUGGCACCGCGGAAUCGAGUCGGGAACUGCUACCUGAACCCCUGGACGUGGCUCCAUUCGCGGUGAUAGAAGCUAACGCUACCUGUGGUGAUAAUGGGGCUGAGGACUACUGCAGGGAUACGCCGGGAAAACGCGGCGUGGUCUGUGACGUAUGCGAAGGUCUGGACGGCCCCGCCGCCCGCCGCCAUCCAGCGUCACACGCCAUCGAUGGUGACCCUACCACCUGGUGGCAGAGCCCUGUGGGCGUAGCAGAUGUGACGUUGGUCGCUACGCUGCCUGAUGAGAUGGAGCUAGUCCACGUCAUCAUCAAGUCGGGGCCGUCGCCCCGGCCUCUAGCCUGGUCCCUGGAGGUCUCCUCAUCUGAUAACGAGGACUGGAAGAUGAUCAGCGCGUUUGGAGACAAGGAGCACUGUAGAAAACUGUGGGAUCUCCGUCCUGAAAGGAGGCGACGGAAAGUUAGAGCAGCCAAGAAUCGCAGAGCAGACAAACCCACGUGCUCGACACAGUUCACCAGCCCAAGACCUUUGGAGAACGGAGAGAUGCACAUCAGAGUUCAAGAGGUCCCAGCGCGUCGCGUGCGCAUCUCCUUUCGCGCCGCGCAAUCUGCCGCCCCCUCGCAGUACUACACUGUUCGCGCGCUCGCUCUAGUCGCGCGCUGUCUCUGUCACUCCCAUGCCAGACAUUGCCACGUUGACAGAAGCGGUGCAAAAUGUAAAUGUCUCCACGACACCUGUGGUCCCCACUGCACAGAAUCUUGUGAACAGACUCCUGAAUGUUCCUGUGGGGAGCGGGGGGCGUGUCAGUUUGACGACACGGGCGCCAUCUUGAGAAUCGCGCAGGUCCUCUUUGUGAUCGCUGUUUAA